CGAAUACUACGGACAGCAAGGUGGUUUGGUGUAACGCCGAUGGAGCAUGCGGAUAUGUUGUUUGCUACAAAUCAUACGACGGAUUGCAUAUUUAUGGAGAAAAUGUUGGAAAACUAUUAUAACACGUAUACGUCUUGUAAGUAUUCCCGCCGCAAGCGGAAGUGGUUUGUAGCUCUUAACAAACGUGGUCGGCCUCGGCGUGGAAACCGCUCUAGGAACAAACAGAAAUACGCUCAGUUUUUAGUGCUUCAUCUAGAUGAUGAAGAGUACAACGGUAGAAGGCGAAAGUUCUUUAGCAACAGUCCGUUUGGUCUGAACAGUUUCACCCAGAAGUGGAGAAAUAGGAAACUGCCGUGGAACAGCAAUACACAUGUGAGCGAGAGCCGAACGUAUCAGCUGCAGCGCUUGAAGCAGACGGCGCAUGGCUCGCGCGAUGGUCAUGCGUGA